AUGGCGGAUGCUACAGCAAAAGAGAUUCCAUUGAACUCGGUGCAAAUUGAGGCACUGGUGGUUAUGAAGAUUGUCAAGGCAUGCUCUGCGACUUUCCCAACUACGGCGACUGGUUCUAUUGUGGGAAUGGAUAUUAACGGGACCCUCCAAAUCACCAACUGCUUCCCCUUCCCUACCGCAGAUAUCGCAGCCUCCGACUCGCACCCCAACGAUCACAUGGCUGCCUCGAACAUCGCUGCUGCCGCGCCUCGAUCAAAGGCCAAUAUCGCAUAUCAAAAUGAGAUGAUCAAAUAUUUGCGAGAGGUUAAUGUGGACGCGAACAAUGUCGGAUGGUACACGAGCGCGAACAUGGGCAACUUCAUCAAUACCAGCCUGAUCGAGAACCAGUUCCACUAUCAGAAGGAGCCAAAUGAGAGGACGGUUGCGUUGGUACACGAUGUUAGCAGAAGCUCUCAGGGCGCUUUGAGUCUCCGGGCUUUCAGAUUAUCUCCAACUUUCAUGGCCGCAUUCAAAGAGAGUAAAUUCACGACCGAGCACAUGCAAAAGUCAAAACUUACAUACAAAGACAUCUUGAUCGAACUCCCAAUCAUCGUCCAUAACUCCCACCUGUUAACCUCCUUCCUACACCAAAUGCCAGCCGAACUCCCAAAGGAAGAUCUCGAAUUUCCAGCCAGCCUUUCAGAUCUCACUGCAGAUGCUCCCCAAAAUCCGCUAUAUCCAAACCUCGAAUCUCUUGACCUUUCCAUCGAUCCCUUCCUGGAGAGAACUUGCGAUCAACUCCUCGAUAGCAUAGAGACACAUUAUACCGAACUCAACAACUUCCAAUACUUCCAAAGACAACUGGCCCGUGAGCAGACCAAGGUCACUGCAUGGAAGACGAAGCGAGCGGCGGAGAAUGCUACCAGAGCCACACAGAAGCUUGCACCACUUCCUGAAGAUGAAUGGGAGAGACUCUUCAAGUUACCAACUGAGCCCAGUCGAUUGGAGGGUAUGUUGAACGCACGCCAGGUUGAGCAAUACUCGAGACAAGUGGACGGAUUCACUGCCAGCAUUACGAGUAAGAUGUUUGCAGUCAAGAGCAAUCUGUUACCAGAUUCUGAAUAG